GCGAAUAGCGGCCCAACUAAUCAUCCAUCAUCUUUUGGGCCCAUCACUUUAAUUACAAGACAAGGAAGAACGUCAAUAAAGCAACAAGGGAUUGAGUUGUGGUAAAUAGCACAAAGGCGUAACAGAAAUCUGUUUAUCUUGGAGUGAGGAGUUGGCAUCACCAAAGCAAACACAUCAUGUUUUUUCGAUAAAGGUGUGCUUCCGCCAUGUGGACGACAUUCUUGUGACCGGAAAUAAAGUCUCGCUCAAGGCAGAAAAACCUGAGUUGAUCAGUGCGGCUAAAAAUGAUUUCUAUUCUCAUAAGUAAUGAUCAAAGCGAAACCAAAAAACGAGACGGGAAUUUGAAAUUGUGAAUUGUUUUGUAAUCUUCGGCCCAUUGCAAAGGGCCCCAAACGAAAUGAAAGUAAGCAUUGGGCUCCAUAGUGUUCAGCCCAAUCCGUGUUAGGAUAAACAAAUGAAAUGGGAUAGCAUCUUUAGCGACAAGAGGAAAUUAAUGAAGUCAGAUUACAGAUGGAUAAGGUUUAAAUAAAUAAAGGAUUAAGGUAUACGAAUCUCGAAAACAAUAUGAAUAAAAAAAAAAUAUCCAGUAGGAGUAAUGGAGUGUAGGACUCGGUUGGUUAACUUGCAAUCCACACCCCGGGAUCGGCGAGUCUCGUUGACGUGAAAGCCAGCCCAAAACCAACCCCAACUUACUCUGGGCCCGGGCCCGGGCCCACGAAAGAAAUCCCCACCUCACGCGCCGUUUUCUUGCGUUACCGUGAAAGGCUCCCCAAACUUCCCAAAAAGCGAAAAGCCGAAAACCCUCCACCGCACGCGCCGUUUUGGUGCGGCAACUUGCAUCUUUCUCUUUCUCUAUUUCCCGUUUUGAUUAAAUCCAAAAAGAAAAAUGCAAUUCGCAAGUGAUGUUUUCAUGAUUUUAUGGGAUUUUCCCAAAAACAUAAUUAACUGAUUUUGUCAUAUAUAAUAUAACCACCGCCUCUUCUUCUUCUUCUUCUUCCAUUUCCAACCAGCUCCCGUCGCCAUCCGGCACACUUCCCAAAACACUUCCUCUUCCUAAUCCUCACUGAGUCACUUCCUCGGUAAUCGUCGAUCACCGUCGAUUGAUUCCUUGCUUGCUUCCUUCUCGCACCAAUUCCUUGCUUCCUUUCAUUGCGCUUCUUUGUUUUUAUGUUCGAAUCGGUCAAACUUUGACUUACCUCACUUCGGAUAACGGCAGCUCGUCAUCGUCAUCAUCGAUCAACGAUUUUGGAUGAAGUGAGGAGGGAUUCGAAGUAGCAAGCAUAGGCUCUCCAAUGGCGGCCGCUACUGUUACUAGUACCACUACAUCUUCCUGUUCUUCUUACUAUUACUUGCUGUGCUGUUUCUUCGCCGCCGCAGUGUGCUUGAUCGCUCCGUCUUUGACCACCGGCGUCGACGCGGGACCGCUCGACGCUAAUCUCACCGCCGAGUUGUCCGUCGACGCCUCAUUCCGCCGGCCAAUUCCCAGCACUCUUUUUGGAAUUUUCUUUGAGGAGAUUAAUCAUGCUGGAGCUGGUGGACUAUGGGCAGAACUUGUGAGCAACAGAGGAUUUGAGGCUGGGGGUCCUAACACUCCGUCGAAUAUAGAUCCGUGGUUGGUCAUUGGAGAUUCGUCGUCCGUGGUUUUAUCUACCGACCGGUCAUCCCCCUUCGAGCGAAACAAGGUUGCUCUUCGGAUGGAUGUACUCUGUGACUUGGAGAGUUGUCCAUCUGGGGGAGUUGGUGUGUAUAACCCUGGAUUCUGGGGCAUGAAUAUAGAAGGGGGAAAGAAAUACAAAUUGGUUCUUUAUGUUCGCUCACUAGAUUCUAUUGAUGUGUCCGUGCUGUUGACGGGAUCAAAUGGGUUGCGGACAUUGGCUACUACCAUCAUCAAAGGCCCUGCUUCAGCUGUUUCAGACUGGACAAAGGUGGAGACCCUGCUAGAAGCUGAGGAAACUGAUCACGGUGCAAGACUUGAAUUACGAACUUCGAAAAAGGGUGUGAUUUGGUUUGAUCAAGUUUCAUUGAUGCCUGAAGAUACAUACAAGGGGCAUGGUUUUCGCUCUGAGCUUGUUGAAAUGCUUGAAGAAAUAAAACCUCGAUUUAUCAGAUUCCCAGGCGGCUGUUUUGUGGAGGGCGAAUGGUUAAGGAAUGCAUUCCGAUGGAAAGAAUCAGUUGGCCCUUGGGAGGAGAGACCUGGGCACUUCGGUGAUGUUUGGAUGUAUUGGACUGAUGAUGGACUUGGUCACUAUGAGUUUCUUCAACUAGCCGAAGAUCUGGAUACAGUGCCCAUAUGGGUGUUUAAUAAUGGUAUUAGCCACCAGGAUCAAGUUGAUACUUCAAGCGUCUUACCUUUUGUUCAAGAAGCUCUUGAUGGUAUCGAGUUCGCUAGAGGUGAUGCCAGUUCUAAAUGGGGUUCUCUGCGAGCUUCCAUGGGACACCCUGAACCAUUUAAAUUGAAACAUGUUGCCGUUGGGAAUGAGGAUUGUGGAAAGAAGAACUACCGAGGAAAUUACCUCAAGUUCUAUGAAGCUAUAAAAAGGGCUUACCCUGACAUCCAGAUUAUCUCAAACUGCGAUGGAUCUUCUCGUCCGCUGGACCAUCCAGCUGACUAUUAUGAUUUCCAUGUAUAUACAGAUGCGAGCAAUCUGUUUUCCAUGUCCCACCAAUUCGAUCACACAUCACGCAGCGGUCCAAAGGCUUUUGUGAGUGAAUAUGCGGUGACUGGAAAAGAUGCCGGCACAGGAAGUCUCUUAGCUGCACUUGGUGAAGCUGCAUUCCUCAUUGGCGUGGAGAAAAACAGUGAUAUCGUUGAGAUGGCUAGCUAUGCACCACUUUUUGUGAACACCAACGAUAGAAGGUGGAACCCAGAUGCAAUCGUUUUUAAUGCAUCAAAGGCAUACGGAACUCCAAGCUACUGGAUGCAGCGUUUCUUUGCAGAGUCAAGUGGGGGAUACCUCGUCAACUCUACACUUGUAACUAGUUCCUCCAGCUCGCUUGUUGCAUCUGCAAUUACUUAUCAAGACUCCAAGGACCGAAAUACUUACCUGAGAAUAAAGGUUGUAAACUUUGCGAGCAGCACGGUGAAUCUCAAGAUCUUGGUGAGCGGAUUGGGGGCCAACACUGUGGGGUUAUCAGGAUCAACAAAGACCGAACUCACAUCUGCGAAUGUGAUGGAUGAAAACUCCUUCCAGCAACCAAAUAAGGUGGCACCAGCUCAAAGCAUGCUGCAGAACGCUGGAAAGGACAUGGACGUGCUGAUCUCUCCCAAUUCCUUAACCUCAUUUGAUUUAUUAAUCGAAUCGAAUUCGAUCUGGACUCGAAGAUCCGAUCCUUUGGUAUCUGUGAUGUAAAUUAACCCCACACACCACAACUCAAAACCUAAUACCGAUUACCAAAUUCAUAAACUUGUAGUACUUGCCAAUUGCCAUUACAUCCUCGAAUAAAACGGUUGCAUUACGUAAUUCGAGCUUGACACUUUGAAAGGAUGAACAGAUUUUAUGCAAGAAAUCACAUUGCAAUAC